CGACGGCAGGUGAGUUCCGGGCCGCCGUCGGCUGCUUCGGGGGUCUGGGCCUCUCUGGGCAGGGAAGACCCCAGUCCCUCUCAGGGCCGUGGGGCCUGGUGCUGCCAGAUGCGCGGAACGCCGCGGCCAGGGUCUUAUUAAGUUGCCGAGGCUGGCCUCAAACUUAUGAUCCUCCUGCCUCAGCCUCCCAAGUCACUGGGAUUAGAGGUGAGCCCAGGCCAGAAUGGGGGACCCCAGGGACCUCUGCCCUCACCUGGACUCCAUAGGGGAGGUGACCAAAGAGGACUUGCUGCUCAAAUCUAAGGGAACCUGCCAGUCGUGUGGUGUUGCUGGGCCCAACCUGUGGGCCUGUCUCCAGGUUGCCUGCCCCUAUGUUGGCUGCGGAGAGUCCUUUGCUGACCACAGCACCAUUCACGCGCAGGCUACGAAGCACAACCUGACGGUGAACCUGACCACGUUCCGGGUGUGGUGCUACGCCUGCGAGCGGGAGGUGUUCCUGGAGCAGCGGCUGGCGGCCCGCCCUCCCGGCUCCCCGCCUAAGUUCUCUGAGCAGGACUCUCCGCCACCCUCUCACCCCCUGAAAGCUGUCCCUAUUGCUGUGGCUGACGAAGGAGAGUCUGAGUCAGAGGAUGAUGACCUGAAACCUCGAGGCCUCACAGGCAUGAAGAACCUCGGGAACUCGUGCUACAUGAACGCUGCCCUUCAGGCCCUGUCCAACUGCCCUCCGCUGACCCAGUUCUUCCUGGAAUGUGGCGGCCUGGUGCGCACCGACAAGAAGCCAGCCCUGUGCAAGAGUUACCAGAAGCUGGUCUCUGAGGUCUGGCACAAGAAACGACCAAGCUAUGUGGUCCCCACCAGCCUGUCCCAUGGGAUCAAGUUGGUUAACCCGAUGUUCCGAGGCUAUGCCCAGCAGGACACCCAGGAGUUCCUGCGCUGCCUGAUGGACCAGCUGCACGAGGAGCUCAAGGAGCCCGCGGUGGCCAUGGCGCUGCUCACAGAGGCUCGGGACUCAGACUCCAGCGACACAGACGAGAAGCGGGAGGGCGACCGGAGCCCCUCAGAGGACGAGUUCCUGUCCUGUGACUCGAGCAGUGACCGGGGUGAGGGCGACGGGCAGGGGCGCGGCGGGGGCGGCUCACAGGCCGAGACAGAGCUGCUGAUCCCAGAAGAGGCGGGCCGCGCCAUCUCCGAGAAGGAGCGCAUGAAGGACCGCAAGCUCUCCUGGGGCCAGCAGCGCACCAACUCAGAGCAGCUGGACGAGGACGCAGACGUGGACACCGCCAUGGCCGCCCUUGACGAGCAGCCUGCCGAGGCCCAGCCACCAUCGCCGCGGUCCAUCAGCCCCUGCCGGACCCCAGGUAUCGAGCCGGACAAUGAUGCCCACAUCCGCAGCUCCUCUCGCCCCUGCAGCCCGGUCCACCACCACGAGGGCCACGCCAAGCUGUCCAGCAGCCCUCCCCGCGCGAGCCCCGUGAGGAUGGGGCCGUCCUACACGCUCAAGAAAGCCCAGGCCCCGAGCGCGGGCAGCCGGAGGCGGAAGGAGCAGCACUACCGCAGCGUCAUCUCAGACAUCUUUGAUGGCUCCAUCCUCAGCCUCGUGCAGUGCCUCACCUGUGACCGGGUGUCGACCACGGUGGAGACCUUCCAGGACCUGUCACUGCCCAUCCCUGGCAAGGAGGACCUGGCCAAGCUGCACUCGGCUAUCUACCAGAGCGUGCCGGCUAAACCAGGCGCCUGUGGGGACAGCUAUGCCACUCAGGGCUGGCUGGCCUUCAUCGUGGAGUACAUCCGGCGGUUUGUGGUGUCCUGUACCCCAAGCUGGUUUUGGGGGCCUGUGGUCACCCUGGAAGACUGUCUUGCCGCCUUUUUUGCAGCUGAUGAGCUGAAGGGUGACAACAUGUACAGCUGCGAGCGGUGCAGGAAGCUGCGCAACGGCGUGAAGUACUGCAAAGUCCUCCGGUUGCCUGAGAUCCUGUGCAUCCACUUGAAGCGCUUCCGGCACGAGGUGAUGUACUCGUUCAAGAUCAGCAGCCACGUCUCCUUCCCUCUCGAGGGCCUCGACCUGCGCCCCUUCCUGGCCAAGGAGUGCACGUCCCAGAUCAGCACCUACGACCUCCUGUCCGUCAUCUGCCACCACGGCACGGCAGGCAGCGGGCACUACGUCGCCUACUGCCAGAACGUGAUCAACGGGCAGUGGUACGAGUUUGACGACCAGUACGUCACCGAGGUGCAUGAGACGGUGGUGCAGCACGCCGAGGCCUACGUGCUCUUCUACAGGAAGAGCAGCGAGGAGGCUGUGCGGGAGCGGCAGCAGGUGGUGUCCCUGGCCGCCAUGCGGGAGCCCAGCCUGCUGCGGUUCUACGUGUCCCGGGAGUGGCUCAACAAGUUCAACACCUUCGCCGAGCCGGGGCCCAUCACCAACCAGACCUUCCUCUGCUCCCACGGAGGCAUCCCGCCCAACAAGUACCACUACGUCGACGACCUGGUGGUUGCCCUGCCCCAGAAGGUGUGGGAGCACCUCUACAGCAGGUUUGGGGGCGGUCCUGCCGUGAACCACCUGUACGUGUGCUCCAUCUGUCAGGUGGAGAUCGAGGCCCUGGCCAAGCGCAGGCGCGUCGAGAUCGACACCUUCAUCAAGCUGAACAAGGCGUUCCAGGCCGAGGAGUCGCCCAGCGUCAUCUUCUGCAUCAGCAUGCAGUGGUUCCGGGAGUGGGAGGCCUUCGUCAAGGGCAAGGACAGCGAGCCUCCUGGACCCAUUGACAAUAGCAGGAUCGCGCAGGUCAAAGGAAGUGGCCACGUCCAGUUAAAGCAAGGGGCUGACUACGGGCAGAUCUCGGAGGAGACCUGGACCUACCUGAGCAACCUGUACGGGGGCGGCCCGGAGAUCGCCAUCCGGCAGAGUGUGGUCCAGCUGCAGGACCCCGAGAGCUUGCACGGGGAGCAGAAGAUCGAGGCCGAGACGCGGGCCGUGUGACUUGGUGGCCAGGCUGUAAGUCCUGGUGGCCGGCCUCCCGCUGCAGACUCCUCUGCGAGUCUCCUGGAGGGGCCUGCCCGGCUGAGCUGGCUGUUCCCACAGGCUGCGGGCCCCUCCCUGCGGAGGCCUGUGCCCAGCAGAGGCCCUGCUGUGGCCGCGCAACUGCGUGUGGCGGUGUUGGUGGCUCACAGCGCUAGUGCUGCCCCCGGGAAACACAUCCACUCCGCUGUGUCAGUGGCCAGGACUCUGAUGGUAAUUUGGGUCUUUGUCCUGUCAGUGCCACGCCAGUCACUGUCAUCGUCGUCCCCAGACCUGCCCUCCUGCUAGCUCAGGCCCAGAUUUUCCCUGGUGCCCAGUGCUGCCCCCUCAGUCAGAGGCUAGCGCUGGGACACGGGGUCGUGAGAGGCUGCCGCCUCCCAGCGCCCAGAGGCCCAGAGGGAGGAGGCUGCGGCUGGAGAGCAGAGCAGCACAUAGCUCAGGACCCGAGGGGCUUCUGUAUGUCCUCCCUGCCGGCCACCCCUGCACCCUGGCUGUCAUCGGAGGCCCUGGAGUCGCGGGCUCUUCCGGGCGUGUCCUGCAGACUCUGCUGGCUGGCGGUUAGGACAGAGCAGGGGAGAUCUCGGCUGGGGAUGUUUCCGGAGGCGGCCGACCCUCACCCGACGUCCUGCUCGGCCGCCAGCGAUUGGCUGUGACUUGCCUCGCUGGUCGGCCUCAGCCUCGCGGAAUGCCAAGCUGCCACCAGGGACUGGACAGUGGGGCAGAAAUACCUCAUGUGUUGUAUUCGCGGCUGGCGCGGCUUCCCGGCGGCCUAGAGCAAGCUUCGGCCCCUCCUCCCAACCCGGCCCUGCAGGUCCCGCCUGGGGAGGGGUGCGGGGCUCCUCCCGCAGCAGGCAGGUCUCUGCGGAGCCCAGCAAGGCUGGGGGCCCCUGUCUGCAGCAGCGGGGCGAGGGGUGCACCCUGCGGGGUCAGAGCAGGGGUCCCGGGACCAAGCCCUGUGCCCGUAGCCUGCAGUCUCCGGAGAAGCAGGGCCCAGGAAGUUCUGGCAGGCGUCCCUUUGGAGCCCCGCCUUGCUUCUGGGGUCCGUUUCACCGGGUCUGUUCCUUCACGCCCAGACAGACAGCUGCUUCUGGGAGCCGUGAUGCCGCCGUCCUUUGAAAGCUGCCGCAGCCCUGCCACCCUGCUGCAGAGCCCUGCUGCGCUGCACCGAGAUGCGGAGGCCACUGUGCAGGCUGCUACCUGGCCCUGGUGUCUGCAGGGUCGGGCGUGUGUUCAGAAUGUCAUAAUAAACAGACGCACCCA